UGCAAACCAACCUGAGACGGACGCGGUGUGCGCUUUACCUUUCCUGUGAAUGCCCUCCCAAACUAUUCUUAGCUUCCAACUUCACUCGACAGCUUUCCCGGCGCUCGAUCCUCGUUUCUUGUUUUUCCGGCCACGCUGCUGGCAGAAUGAGCGAUUUUUGGGCAUGGCUGCUCUUCUUCUUCAUGCUCGUUUCUAUUGUUGUCAUGGUCAUUUACCAGCUUAUGUGCCUGGCCGAUCUAGAAUUUGACUAUAUCAAUCCUUUUGACUCUGCCUCUAGGAUAAACAAAGUUAUCCUCCCAGAGUUCAUCACACAUGGAAUUUUAUGUUUCCUUUAUCUUGUCACCGGCCACUGGUUUGCCGCACUUCUCUGCGUUCCAUAUUCAUACUACAACGUGACGCUGUACCUAGGAAGACAACAUUUGAUAGAUGUAACAGAGAUUUUCAACAAACUAAAUUGUGAGAAGAAACGGAGGCUUUGGAAGCUUGCUUAUCUUGUUAUCAUGCUCUUCAUAUCCUUAUUCAUCAGAUCGAAGAUAAGAACGAAAGAUUCUUUCCAAACAAAAACCCACCUAUACUGGCAGAAUGGAAGAGCUCAAUUAACGGCCGGAUUCAUGGGAGUAGGAGCUAAUUCACCGGGCUGUUUAAUUAUCUGGAAGGAAAGAUUGUAUUCAAGAUACUCUAAUAUUUUAUUCCGUGUUUAGUUUAUUUCAUCCCAUAUUUAGCAAGUAGCUUCAACUAUAAAAGGAUCCAUCUUUUAGUUUUACGAUGAUUCUGAGACAAGGCCACUCACCAUUACUUUUGUAAACACAGUGAAAUUCAUCAAUAAAGCAUCAAGCUUUCUGCUUAUUUUCUCUUCGAA